GCUCAGAGUUUCGUUUAGUGCGCCAAAACUUCCGGUGCCUUUACAUUGACAGCAUCGAGUCUUUUCAGGAGGGAUCCAAGCAGCCUGGGAGAUGUGGAUACCCCUUUUAGCUGUUGCCACGUUUCCUGCGCUGGCCUUGAUUGAGGAGGAUCACUCGAGAGAGACAGGCACCGACAUUGAUAUGCUGGUUGAGGUUAUGUAUCCUGGUGCUUGUUCCAUCUAUGGUCAAGACUAUCGAAGAGUGCAAGUCACGAUCCAAGACACCAGCUCCACGUUCCGCGCGAGAUUCUGGCGUGACUUCACCGGGCAGGAUCUCAAAGAUGGAAAGGUUUCGUGGAGAAAGGAGCUGAAAGGUGUGCCGGGCUCUGCCAAGCUGAAUGCAACGGUGGAGAUCAAGCAGCGUAAUUUGCUGCCGGAUCUGCUCGGGUUUUUGGGUAACAGCGAUUGCGGAAAGAAGUCUGAGAUCAUUGACUUUCAUCAUGACAAGGUUCGUAUCCAGCCCUUCGAGAAGGACAAAGAACAUUACUUUUAUCAAUACGUACAGCUGGGCUUCAGCAAGCAGGUGGCCAGAGAUGAGGAUGCGGCAGGACUUUUGGAGAUGGCUGAGGAAAGGCCGGGUCGAAGACUGAGGCCACGACAGCAGAGCAAGGAAAAGGUUUGUCAGCCGUGUUUGGAUCUUCUGGCUUUCUUUUUGGGAUGGUCGAGCGUGCCCACAUCUGGUGCCCACCAAGACGCUGUGGAUGAAAUAUGCGAGCUUCCUGUAUGUCAACUAACUCGGGAACAACGAGUUGCGACUGGCAUGGGCAAAAGCAAGUGCACUGGAGAUUGGAAUGGCAUAAUGAUUGGUUGCUCUGACCCCCAGGAUCCCGAAUUCCUGGAGACCGUCAAGAAAAAUAUGGUCGUGCGACGGCUUGAAAUCGCAAAAGCCCAGCAAGAAGCCAAGCGAGUGGAGCGUUUGCGUGAAGAACUUCUCAGCAGCGCUACUGAAAAGGACAAGAAAGAGAGCCAAGACGUGCAGAACAAGGCAAAAAGUUUCACUGAGGAGGACGAUGCAAUUCCGAGUGAACAUGAUCCUGCAGUCUUGGCCAUGAAGGACAGGCAAGCGUUUUGAAACAUCCAGUCGGAUUCGCUUCAGUUUUGUAAUGUUGUUUGUAGAAUUGUAGUUACCUUGGGUCCGUAAAAAUGCUAUGUUUUUGUCUUUUCUAUACACCUGUAUAAUACUUGGUAAUUGAAUUGUAGCUACCCUGGAUAUCUAUACCUGGCAAGGCACCAGCUGAGUAAGAAGAAGGAAUUUUCGGAGGGAUUACCUGAGAAAGCACACUCGAAAGUAGGUGGUAUGUGGGG